CAGCUGGACACACCUCCACAGACCCACAAGUUCUCAGUCAGCAGUUUAAUGAAUUUAAAGGAGUCAGCAGAAAAUGCAAAGUUACAUCACGAGGCUCCUGCGUUCAAGCCUGAUUUACAUAGACGCAACAUUUCAUCUUCACAACGGCACCGCAAAGGUUCUCAAAUCAGGAGAGUUGUUCAUAGAGCAAAACCCAGAAACCACAGUCCAGUCCGGCUCCGUGCUCCCAGAGAGGAGGAGGAGGAGGAGGAGGAGGAAGAGUGCGCUCGGCCACUGAGCCUUUGUGUCCGAACGCGGAGCGGAGAAGCUGCGGACCCACACGAUGGAGCAUCCGGACGGGAAGGUUCUGGUUCGAGAGUAGAGACAAUAGACAAAAGCAACACAGGGCGUUGCCUCUCCUCGAUCCGGUCCGACCCCGAUGGAGCCCGGCCAGCGGAAGGAGCCCGAGCUCCGCGCCGGGGAGCAGCAGAUCAGCGCAGAAAACUGCUACGACCUCCUGACAAAAGCCAAGAGCGAAGGCGCGGACGACGCCAAGCAGCGCGUCUACCGCUUCAUGAGCGACCACUACCUGCACGUGCUGCGAAGCCCCGCGUACGGGCGCCUCACGGCGGGGGAGCGGGAUCUGAUCCUGAACCGGAGGAUGGAGGGGACCAAGGUGCUGGCCGUGGCCGAGACCUGCGAGGUGAACGAGCGCGAGAGCCCGGAGGACGCCCGCCAGCGGCGCGUGCUCUGCCUCCGCCCGGACGCACGGCGCUGGGAGGUGCUCACCUGCCUCCCGGAGGAGAUCCCGGCCAGAGGCUCCGGGAUGUGCGCCAUGUACAACUACCUGUUCGUGGCGGGCGGCAUCAGGGCGCACGGGGACGGCCGCUCCGAGGCGUCGGACCGGGUCUUCUGCUACAACCCGCGGACCGGCACCUGGAGCCAGGUCCGGCCGCUGGCUCAGCCCCGCUGCCAGCUGCGGCUGGUGCCCAUGGACGGGCACCUGUACGCCAUCGGGGGGGAGUGUCUGUUCACGGUGGAGCGCUACGACCCGCGCGCGGACAGGUGGAGCCCGGUGGCCCCGCUGCCCAAAGGCUCGUUCGCCGUUGCGCACGAGGCGACGUCGUGCGGCGGGGAGCUGUUCGUGUCCGGCGGCUCGCUCUUCUACCGCCUGCUGCGCUACGACUCCCGCCGGGACGAGUGGGAGGAGUGUCCGUUCAACGAGAGCCGGCGGCGCUCCUCCGACAUGGUGGCGCACCGCAGCCUCAUCUACCGCUUCGACGUGGAGCGCGAGCGCGAGCGCGCCGGGGUCACGGUCUACAAAUACAACACGGUGGCGAAGGCGUGGCACGGCGGCGAGCGCUUCCCGCUGGAGAACCCGCGUCCGUUCCGCUGCGCGGUGCUGGAGGAGCGCAUCUACUGCGUCAACCGGAGCCACACGCUGCAGUUCGAGGUGCGCGAGCAGCGGGAGGGCUUCCUGCCGCAGGCGCUGCCGCCCCCCGCCGAGGCCCGCGGGGCCCUGGUGCCCGUGGUGCUCUGCCUGAGCCGGGACCAGCCCUGAGUCUGGACUGGCCCCUAUUUACGCCGUGCCUGAGUUCGUUUCUGCUCCGCCGCAUGACGAAGCUGCAGUAACGGAGCUCCACCUGACCUGAGAAGCUGAAAACACGCCGUCAAGCGGUGACGUCAUCGGCAAAGGUCACAGGUCAACAUGGUGUCGAGGAACAAAAAGAUGUUUGUGCAAUAAUUUAAACUCAUAGUGAAUAAAGGAAAGUGUUAAAGAGA